GCUUAUUUUAUUAACAAAUUUUAUUCCUUUUAAAACGGAGCAACUAAACAAUCCAUUCAAAAUGUUACGCUUGUCAUACAGUAGAACUACGGAUUCAACUUCUAUCUAAAUUUGCGAUAUACGCGAAAGAUUUUAUAGCUAGCUAGCUAUUCAAUCGACAAUCUCAGAUCGUCUAUGGCGGUUGCUGAAUAACGGAAGCUCUAUCAUCGCCGCCGCAGAUGCCGUCUCCUUUCGCCUGCGUUUGGAUUUUAUCGUUGAUCAGGCGGUGAAUAUCGUCGCAUUUCUCAUCCCGGCGAUUCUCAAACACCGAAACCCUAGUCUGUGCAGAUAUCUUAUUGGAUCAUGUUUUUCUGAAAGUGAACUUGGUUUUUGACUGGAAUUUGCAAGACAAAAACUAUUCAGAGAAUUGUGGCGCAAGUUUCUGAUUACAUCUUUUCUCAUCUGUAGAAGUUCACAAGUUAUAACUUCUUUAAGUGUUGAACAGCACUGCAAGUUACUUGCAGUUGCAGGGGGAGACUUGACGUGACAGCGGUCAAGCUUCACUUGCUAAUUCAUCCCUCCUAUUUUUCUCGAAUCAUCAUCAGAGAGAUUAAUUAUGAGACCUUGCUGUUCUCUGAGCACAAACUCCCAGCUUAAACAUUUUUGCACGUGAGGAACAAUGCAUUAUGUUUGAAUAACCAUAAUAUAUUACCUGUUCAUCAGCCUCCUUUCCGUACUGUGAGUGGAAGUUUACUACAACAGCAAGGUGUAAAAGAUUUAACAACAUAAUAUAAGGAAAAUCAUGAAGCAGCCAUCAGAGAAGAAAUUCCCCCUUUCUGCUAAAGAUUACAAGUUGUGUGAGGAAAUUGGAGAAGGUGUCAGUGCUACUGUUUAUAGAGCCAUUUGUUUACCGCUUAAUGAGAGUGUUGCAAUCAAAGUUCUUGAUCUUGAGAAGUGCAAUAAUGACUUGGAUGGCAUCCGACGAGAAGUACAGACAAUGAUUUUGACUGGCCACCCAAAUGUAUUGCAAGCUCACUGCUCCUUCACUGUGGCGCAUAACCUAUGGGUUGUGAUGCCAUACAUGGGAGGGGGAUCUUGCCUUCAUAUUAUGAAAUCAGCUUAUCCAGAAGGUUUUGAGGAACCUGUUAUUGCAACAGUACUGUGCGAGGUUCUUAAAGCUCUGGUGUAUCUUCAUGCCCAUGGACAUAUUCACAGAGAUGUGAAGGCUGGUAACAUAUUGAUUGAUACUAAUGGUUCUGUCAGAUUAGCGGACUUUGGAGUUUCUGCUUGCAUGUUUGAUACUGGUGAUCGCCAGCGUUCAAGAAAUACUUUUGUUGGAACCCCAUGCUGGAUGGCUCCUGAAGUCAUGCAGCAGUUGCAUGGAUACGAUUUUAAAGCAGAUAUCUGGUCAUUCGGAAUAACAGCACUUGAACUUGCUCAUGGACAUGCACCAUUCUCCAAGUACCCGCCAAUGAAGGUUCUGCUGAUGACCUUGCAAAAUGCACCACCGGGGCUUGACUAUGAAAGAGACAGACGUUUUUCUAAGUCUUUCAAAGAUCUGGUUGCUGCUUGCUUGGUAAAGGAUCCGAAGAAACGUCCCAGCUCUGAAAAGCUUUUGAAGCACCCUUUCUUCAAACAUGCUAAGUCACCUGAUUAUUUGGCUCGUGCUAUCCUCGAGGGCCAAUCCCCCCUUGCUGAAGGUUUUAGGAUUCUUAAGGCUAAAGAUGCAGAACUUCUUAUGCAGAAUAAGUCAUUAUAUGAGAACAAAGAGCAUCUAUCGCAGCAAGAGUACAUUCGAGGUGUCAGUGCAUGGAAUUUCAAUCUGGAGGAUCUGAGGAAUCAAGCUGCCCUGAUUGAAGAUGACCCUACAUCAUGUUCAGAAGACUCAAGUGUGAGAUGGAAAUACAUCAACGGUCAGAAUGAUGUUGGUUCACCCGGGGAAAGGAAUUAUCUCAACCAGCCAAAUGAUUCUAGUGAUGCUUCUCAUUUGGAAGAUGAGCUCAAUGACAUCGAUGAUUUGGAGAAGUCGUUUGCUGCAUUUCCUAUAAAACCUCUGCAGGCUCUCAAAGGUUGUUUUGAUGUACUUGAGGAUGACCCCAGUAGUCCAAGUUUAAGAGAUUCUAUCCAUUUGGACUCUGAACAACAAAGCCAACAACAGCCAUUGACAACUGUUGUAGAUGAAGAAUCAGGAAGAGAUGAUGCUGGAGAUUCUCGUCUAAAUAGCUUCUCAUGCUCUGUUGGUGCAGAUCUUAAAAAAAUCCCCAGUGUCCCUGUACUGCAGGAAAAUAGCCUCUCUGCUAAAAAGUGCAAUGGUGAUGGAGACAGGGAAUAUACGCAACAGAGAUACCAGAUGGAGCGAAGCUGUAGUGGUCCGCUGCAGAAUCGUCAAAGAAGAGAUUUCAACUAUUCCGGACCGGGGGAGGAUGCAUCAGAAGGGGCUGUGGUUGAGCGAAGAGGACGGUUCAAAGUAACUUCAGCAGAUGUGAAUAUCAAGGAUCCCGUGAACCACUGUAGCUCAAUUUCCGGUGGUUCCACAUUCCCAACAAAUCCUAGUACCUUAACUGCCUCGGUUCUCCAAUCAUUGCAGUGCAUAUUGCAGCAUAAUACAAUAAAAAGAGAUGGAGUGCUCAAAAUGAUGGAGUUUGUCGAACAAACUUCAGGAAAUGCUAGUGAGUCGACAGAGGCAGGAAUAACCGACCUUUUGCAGAUGAACCCUAGUUCAGUGAGGGAGCGCGAGCUGCAAACUCAAGUGAUUCAAAUGCAACAAAGUGUCGGAGGUAUGGUCGAAGAACUACAGAGACUCAAGGCCAAGAACACUCAGUUGGAACGAGAACUAUUUGUGAUGCUAAAGAAAGAUGACAGGAUACCAGAAUAGUGAGAGAGACAAGGAAAAGAAGGGAAGCGCAUGAAUUAUCCUCUGUUUUUCUCUUGGCAAUUUUUCCUCUGUAUAUAUUACUUUCAAUGAAUUUUUGGUGUAAUGCUGCUGAGGUUUCAUGUUCGCUGUGAGUUUGAUCUAGUUAUUUGUUUGCUAUGUGUCACUGUGUGUGUUGCUGCUGUUUUUAAGUUAAGACAUCACUCCAUUUGUGUUCAAGCAUUGUAAUUAAGUUUUUUUGUAGAUCAAUUAGCAAUUUCCAGCUUCCAAAUAAAA